AUGGCUACUUUACAAAAAGGAAAACUAGACAAGGACAAAGACAAGGAAAAAGAACUGGAGAAAAAAACCCAACUCAGCGCAAGGAAAGCUUCUCUACCCGAAGAACCCACAAUUAGAGACCUAAUGAAAGAACUUUUAAAAAUCCAAACAGAGAUAAAGACAAUACAAGAUAAUCAAGGCAACCAAGACGCACAAAGUAAAGCCAUAAAGAAGGAAUUAGAAACAAUGAAGAAAGACAUGAAAGACAUGAAAGAAGAACUACAAUCACUAGUCAAAGAAGAAAUGACGGUAGUAAAAAAAGAUGUGGAGAAACUGAAACAAGAAAACACAGAAAUAACCAACACAAUUAAGAACGAUCAGGAGACAGUGAGGAAAAAAAUAAGGAACCUAGAAGAAGCGACAUAUCGAGUCCAAAGCCAACAAGAAGCGAUGGAAAUCAGAGAGAAAGAGACACAGCUCAGAUUUAGAAAUGUAAUAGAAGAGGAAGGAGAAAACAUAAGAGAAGUAAUAAUAGAUAUGAUCUCACAAUUAAUAAAGAAAAACAAGACGAUGACUGAAACAGAAGUGGACAGGAUUUUUAGAAUACAAACUACCCACUCUAGAAAAUUUAAAACUCCGAAAGACGUCAUAGUACAACUCACAAAGAAAAACACACGGGACGAAAUUCUUAAGGAGCACUCAAAAUCCCCUAUACAGUAUAAAGGAAAUAAAAUUGUAAUUCUGAAAGAAAUCCCAACAUCAGUACUAGAGAAGAGACGAAAAUAUUAUUUCCUGACCGACAAAUUGAAAAGAAGAAAUGUGAGAUUCAAAUGGGAAAAAGCAGAAGGGUUAGUAGUAUCCUGGAAUGAAAACAAACACUGGUUAACAUCAGAAGCCAAAGCGAGAGCUUUCUGGGACAAAUAUCUGAAAAAAAAGAACGAAGGAAAGCAAGAACUGGAGGAAGAUGAAAAAGAGAAAUCAACUCCCUACUCUAUUGAGCAAGGACUCAGCGUAGCGAGGAGACUUACACUUCUAGACGAGGAAGACAACGAGAAAGGAAGGAAAAGACCAAGGGAAAUAUCCCCAAGAAACUACACCCCACAGAAAGAAGCGACCAAGUUAGACACCGAACACUUGAGGGACAGAAAUAACAAGGAUGAUGGAAAGAAUUAG